AUGGUGAGGGUGGUGUAUUCUCCCAGCAUGGGGCCCACACUGGUGCUUCUCUUCACGUUCAUAUCAACAGCUGCUGCAGUCACCAAUAACAGCGUGAACGGGUCUCAACAUCACAGGCUGGUCAUUGGUUUCCAGGCUCCAUGGAACGUGUCCUUUCCAUUCAGCGCCCUGCGGCUCGGCUCGGCCAUACAGAUAGCCGUGGAGAAGGUGAACACCAAUCCUUCCUUCCUGGGGAACUACAGUCUGGAUUUCGUUUACACUGACACAGACUGUAAUCCCAAAACUUCCCUGGGAGGGUUUAUUCACCAGGUGUGGAAAGAAAACGUGUCAGCGCUGAUUGGUCCGGCUUGUCCUGAGGAAGCAGAGGUAUGAUUUAUGAGAUGUAACUUGUUUUACAAUGAAAGGAGUUCCACAGGUGUCUGUAUUUAGCCCACAUCUCUUUAUAUAAUGUAUUAACAUUUGAGGCAGAUGGCAAUUCACCUUGACUCCAGUUCUGGACAAGGUUUCUGCCUGUUAAAGCAAAGUUUUUCACAACCACAUUUAACAUGUUGGACUCAUGUUAGGUUUCUAUACAACAAAUAGCUUAGUCUAGACCUGCUCUUUUUGUAGCGUUUGGGGUAACAUUUCUGAAGAUCUAAAAAAUGAGAAAGUGCAGAAAAAUCCAGUCUUUUGGGUACUGGUUUGAUUUAAAGACUCCAAAAUUCAAGACUUGGCAAAUUGGUUUCAAGCAGUAGGUACAGCUCCACAGUUGCACGGAAUCUGCACGUUGUGGAAUUCGUUGAAAUCAAUUAAAGUCAAAAAGCAGAAAAACAGUUUGAGUCUUUUUCCAUCUGUGACUUAUCUACCAGUGAGACCUAUACUCUGGAUUUUAUGGUAAAUGUACAGUCACCAACAUUAUCCUUUUUUUCUUUAAAGAUAAUUUUUGGGAGCUGCUAAACCAAUUUUGAUUGGAAGAUAUUGGUAAUUUUGCACAGGAACGAGAGGAAGUUGACAUAACAAAUACCGCCAAGAUCAGGAAUCAAUCCUAGAACAGUGUGAGAAGGACUGAGGCCUUUGUACAUGGGGUGCCAGUCCUACCAGCUGAGCCAAUCUCAGCCAGUGAUAUUUGUCUGAUUAAAUGGUGUGUUUUCUUUUUGUUCACUCUCAUAAUACCAUGAAAUUUUUACAUUCCAGGUCACAGGUCUCAUUGCGUCCACCUGGAACAUCCCCAUGUUCGGCUUUGUGGGACAAUCCUCCAAAAUGGACAACAGCAAAAUCUACGACUCCUACAUCAAAGUGGUUCCACCUCUGAAAAGAAGCGCUGAAGUCCUGAUCAAAACCUUGGAGUUCUUCGGCUGGAGUCACAUAGCGAUGAUCGGAGGGGGUUUGGAUUCAAACACUUGGGACAAAAUUGACGCUCUGUGGAAAACAAUUGAGACUCCACUGAGAGAAAGAUUCAAUUUAGCAGCCGCGGUCAAGUUCGAUGCUAGCAAUCCUAAGCUUGUUUAUCAAAAUGUCAGGUACAUCUCAACAGUUGCCAGAGGUAAGGAAAGACCAAGCACCAUGUGGACAACUCCAACUUUUUAGAAUCAUCUUUUCAUAUGUUACUUUGCUUCUUUUUUUCUGUAUUUGCUAAACGUUUCCUGUCAUGCUUCAGUCAUUGUGGUGCUAACAAACAGGGAAGACUCCACAACUCUGUUGCUGGAGGCAGAGCGGCAGGGCCUAAUGAACGGCGACUAUGUUUUCUUCUUGGUUCAACAUUUUGAGGUCAGUGGCCCAGUGGUGAGUAAAAACUUGAAUUAACAGUCACAGACAUGUUUGGAGGAGUUGACGCUUUGAACACUUGAUUAGAAACAAAUUCUGGAUGGUUCAAAAACGCUGGAAAAGAAAUCCCACAGGAAGAAUGGAUCAAAAAGAAAAAGAAAGAUAGAGCCUUCCUAAAUCAACUCUACCAGUUUGUGCUUGCAAGGCUUCACUGUCAAGUAGACUUAAACAAAAAAUCUUAUACACAGGUCCGAUGUCAUGAAAUAAGCUUUGGGGGAAACAGAAAAGAUUUUGUAAAUCCGGUUACAGCCAGCACAUUCAAUGUUGCAAAAGCAGGGCAGCUUGGUUAGAUAACUGCACCAAAAUGACUUGCAAAUACUUCAACUGUCUACUUGAGGCCAGCUGCAGAACCCUAUGUUGAAAUCCCCAUUGUUAAAUCAAAAUUAAACAUCCUCUGCUGGCCUAACAGCAAAAUAAUAUCACUUCAACAAGUGGAAAUGAGGACAUAACAGCCCCACCUUGAGGCUGAGUGAAAGGUUUAUAGAUGCCACACAGAGGCUGACAAACACAGGCUCGCAGCAGUUGAUAGUAUCAGCUGUUGUUGGCAGAUUUCAUCAGCUGGAGCCAGCCAGCUAAUAAAGCUAACGUUAACCCCAUGAGUUUGUUGACAACAUCAUCACCAGCUGGCUUGUUAAAUAAAAGGAAUGUUUAACUUGCACCUGAUGGCAAAAUAAUGGGCUGAGUUUCAUCCCAGUGUCCUCAUCAGCCAUUAAACCGUGCAACUCUAAAAAUGAAAACAGAGCAUGUAGAUUAAAAUGGCUGUAGAUUAAUAAAACAGAUUGUGACAAAUUCGUCAGAAAGUUAGAUCUCCUAUAAAAACAUGUUCUCCCUCAGCUCAUAACUAAAUCAUUAUUUAUGUGUUUCUUCUCCUGAGCAGGAUAACUCGUGGAAAUAUGCCCUCAACAACCGAAUUAACCAAGCAGCUAUUAGAGCUUUCGACAUGGCCUUCAUCAUUGGCCAGAAAUCCUACGAAGGGUACGAGUAUUAUGACUUCUAUGAGCGAGUCUUUGAGAAACUAAAAGAACCCCCAUUUCAGAGCAACCUGACAUCCGACAAAGAGGUAAGCUGCCAUGAUAGGAAGGUAAAUCAGACUGAAGACAGUAUCUCUAAGGUGUUGGAGAACUUUAAAGAACCUUUUGUUUUUUUUCAGGUUAGCCCUUACUCGGCCUAUCUGCACGAUGCUGUGCUGCUCUACGCAAUGGGGUUGAAAGAGGUUCUGAAAGAUGGCCACGACCCUCAUGAUGGACAGCAGCUGUUACGAAGAUUAAAGAACAAAAACAGCAUUCGGUUUUAUGGUCAGUAGCAGUUUUGACGAAUUUGUAGAGUGCUUAAAAAAAAUACACAAAGACAACAAAAAAUAUAAAACAUGAGUUACAUGAUGAAGUCAACCUCAUCUUAGAUAUCCAAGGUAGGGUGACCAGACGUCCCCGAUUUGCUAGCUUAUUCAACUCAUACUGGGCUGAGAUAACAGACAGUGAAUGGUAUUUACCUUGUGGAAAUAUUCCUGCUAGUUUGAGUUUUUGAGCAAAAGGAAAAAGGAAGUCAUAAUGGUGAAAUGUAAGCUGUCCUCAUACUUUAAACCAGUAGAAACAAUUCAAUGCUUUCUUACCCUUGAUCACACAUUUCCAUCUUUGCAGGUGCCUCUGGACUAGUCCAUUUUGACGAGGAGGGGGAGAGAAAUUUGGACUAUUCCAUUUAUGACUUGCAGCACUUAGGCGAUGCCACCAAGUUUGUGCCCAUCCUUCAUUUUGACAGUCACACGAAGACUAUUCGGUAAGAAACGCUUUGCAUUGUGGGAAAACCUUAGUGUUUUGAUUCUUUUAUAAUAUCAUACAAAACGUCUCAUUUCAGAGCAACGCCUAAUUAUCCAUCUAUAAUCUGGCCAAAGGGGAGACCUCCAUCAGACAAACCAGAAUGUGGUUUCAACAACGAACUCUGUGAAUGGUUAACUAAUGGUAAAGUACCAACCUGGCAAAAUAACCAACCAACAAAAACACCAGUUUCUUUUCUAUACGCUGACCUUCAUGACCAGUCUUAAAAUCUAAGACUCUUCAAUUCAGAUGUCAUCCUGUUGGCUCUUCUCGUGGCGUUCCCCGUCAUUGGCGUGCUGGCAGUUCUGUGCAUCGGCGUCCUCAUCCUGCAGAAGUUCCGCCUGCAGACCAGGCUUGAUGAUUCCUACUGGUGGCUGAUCAACUACAACGACAUCACCAUCAUCAAGGAGCCAAUCGUAUGGGCGCUUAAAUAUCUUGGUACAAAAUUGAAUAUACAUCAGUAUGCUUGGCUGGUAUAUGUUUAAACUCUUGUUUGGUGCUUCUUUCGCCUCGUGCAGGGAGGUCAAGGUUUGUCUCUCGCCACCACAGCCAGUCAGAGUAUGAGCAGCAGCUCCCAGUCCACUUUCUCCUACAGCAGCUUCGGCCUGAUGGACAAGACAGGGAAGGAACACGUCUACACCACCAUCGGUCUCUACCAAGUAUGAGGCUUUUUUUUUUCACAUUUGAAACUUUUUAACUGAUGCUAAUUACAGGGAGUCUUGGCAGUGUUGACAGCAUCAUAAAUUGGCUUGACAGCAAAAACACUGGUGAUUUAUAAUAAGUGGGAGCACAGAUGCACAUCUUUGCAUGUGUGUAACAUGCAAAAGAAAACAGGUUGUGAACUCUUGCCCAUCUUACUCUUUCACGAAGGUGUCUUAUACUGAAAGUACUAGUACUGACUUAGGACUAUAGACCUGGCUUUUUUGGUCUUCAAGAUAGAAACACGCCACCUGAACACAACUCUUUUUUUAGACAACACACCUUUUGAUAAAACAGGUGAUAUUUGUAAAUAUAAAAAAAUUAGGAGAACUGCACAGCAUGCACAGUACGUUGUGCUUGGUGUACAAAAGGAGCCCUCUGUGAAUAGCUUAGCACUAUAACCUUUUUUUGUCUGAAUUCUUUUGUUUACAGCCACUGGACAAGGCAGGAACUAAGCAAGUAUGUGUUCAACUGUCAAAUUGCUUGAUUUCAUCACAUAAACUUUUUGAUUCUUAAGAGUAAGAGUGUGUAAUUUCAGAUAUUACCUCAUCAUUUGUUGUACAAUAAUUUUUUAUACCGGGGGGCCCCACACUUUUGGGACCCCCAAAAUAACAUUGCCAGAGACUCACAACCCACACUGUUACUUAAGGUGGUUCAAUGUUGCUCAAAGCAUCAGGUAAGGGCCAAAAGGUCAAUUCGGAUAGAGAGACCACAAGCAAACCUUAUGUUUAGACAGUAGCAGUGAUAGACAGACACACACACACAGGCUUACCUGUGCAUCUCCUAAGACUUUGAUUUGCAUGGGUAUACAUGAAUUUUAACCACUUUUAUUAUAGUCAUGAUUAAUGUAUGCAAUCUUAAAUAUUUAUUCAAAAACUUCUAAUUUUGUUUGAAAGGUAUCUUGCAACCUCCCAGUGAAGAGAUCUGCACCCUUGCUGCCACAUAUCUGCGUCCUCAUUGAUGUAUAUCUUUUAUGUCUUACAGGGAAAUCAAGUGGCCAUCAAUUACAUAAAGAACCCUGUUUGCACUAAUAUCCAGAAACCCUCAAUCAUCAAAGAAUUCGACUUGGUAAAGUUCAGCUUUCAUUCGUUGCUUGGUUCAUCUAGGCUCUGUUCCUUUAUAUUUAAAAUUGGCUGUUUGGUUGUUUGCCUAAGAAUCUCAAUCUUUUCAAGACAGAUGAAAGAGAUGAAACAUGAGAACCUCGUUCAGUUUUUUGGUGUUUGUAUUGAGCCACCAAAUGUCUGUAUCGUCACCCAGUACUGCAGGAAGGGCAGCCUCAAGGUCAGUGUUUCUCUCUGCUCUGCAAGCUGUAAAAAACUAACUUUUUAUUUCCUGUUUAUCCGGACAAAGGUGGAUGAAGUUGCUUUUUUUAAACUUUCUGAUAUACCACAACGUACUGUAUAUUUUGCAGUUUCUUGUGUUUUGUUCAUCUAACAGUAAAAAUGUUGUAGUUUUAAGACAGAAGCUGGACUUCAAGCAUGGAACACUUGCUCAAAACAAUCAAUUUUGUUAUAUUUUAGAGUGUCUACAUACAGGGUUAAAUAAUUCCAUCUUAAAUAGUGUGCACUCUUAAAUGUUGAAUUUUCUCUGCAGGAUCUACUGAAGGCCUCAGAUGUGGAACUAGACUCCAUGUUUAAGCUCUCCUUUGCGUACGACAUCGUCAAUGUGAGUAAAUUCGUUUUUGCUGCAUGUCCAAUUCCUAAAACGGCCUAACAUUAAAAAAUGUUAUACUCAUGCACAGCCAAGAUAAGAUUUUACAACACAAUACAGUAUUUAAAAGGUCCAAAGAAUAAAUCAACCAAUAUACGAAUCCCCUACUUCAUUUGCUCAUCCGAUAAACCAUACCUUUGGCUCAGUCCUUUUAAUUGAUGCUUUAGGUGAAGGUGCAAAACUAGUGUUACAUUUGAACAAAACAAUGGCUCAUUUGUGUUGUUUACACUGCUUCUUUGUGUGUCAGGGAAUGGAGUUCAUCCACAAGAGUAACCUGAAAUUUCAUGGCAACCUCAAGCCCAGCACGUGUUUGGUGGACAGUCGUCUCCAGAUAAAACUCUCUGGCUUUGGACUGUGGGAGUUUAAAAACGUAAACAAGAACAAGAUCAUCUCUUUGGAAAACCCCAACUAUGACGGUCAGUGAGUGUGAAAUUACAAUACUUUAUUUCUGUCCUAAGAAAGAAACUCUCAAUGGGAGUCAGUCUGAAACCUCAAAGUUCGUUUCAGUUAUAUGUGGAGGGAUUUAACCAUGGGCAUUGGCCAAAGUGCCUCCAAACACAUGGGUAUAGACCUACAUCAAACCAGUGGACUGAUUCAUGUAACAUAAUACAUAAUCAUUUGGCAUGAAUGAGCCAACACUUAGCAUACCCAUGUCAUGUAAACUUAUGUCCACUUAGGUGCAGCAGUCAUCUUUGUCAUUGCCAAAAGGCCUCAGUGGUGCUUCUCCAUUCUAAUGGUCUGUCCUAUUUCAUUUGAGAUUUUUAGGUAGUCUGACUUGUUCGUUGUGUUUGUGUUGUAGAAAUGUACUGGACAGCCCCUGAACUUCUCAGACAAGUUGGUCUCCCUGUCAAUGGAACACCCAAAGGUGACGUCUACAGCUUUGCUAUCAUCAUGUGGGAGCUCAUGUACAACAAGGCCUUCCCGUAUCAAGACAUCAACUUGGAGCCAAAAGGUUGGAAUCGUUUACUUCUGAGUCACUUCCAGGUCUGAAAUUUGUUGGACACACUUGAACAGACCGAAGGUUGGCAUGGAAACGGAUCAUCAGAUCUUAACAGAGGGAUUUAGUUCUCUUCAAAGUCAACAGCAUGACCAUAACAGACCAUCAAGUUGGCGACAUCCUGACGAAGUCUUAAAACAUCCUGACCUGAAGACUUGAAAGAAACUUCUUAUUAUUGUAGCUUUUGUAGGGUGGGAUGUUAACAUUUAAUAACUGGCUGAGGCAUCUAAGAUGAAUCUGGUCUUUGUUUGUAUAGACAAUCAUUCUGAACAAUUGAAAAUCGACAGGCCAAAAGUACCAGCACUCAAGCUACUCAUCCCAAAAUUCCAACACAAUAAUGAUAGUCUAUUCUUGUUUCAUGCUUUCUAAAGAAAUUAUCAUGCAAUUGCGGACACCCUUCCAAGGGGAGCCCCUCCGACCACCACUGUCCGAUGAGCUGUGUGAUGAGAACAUCAAGACGCUGCUGAGGUCCUGCUGGAGUGAAACCCCUGACCACCGGCCACCAUUUGGGUCUAUAAGGAGACAGCUGAGAGACAUCAGUCCCGAUAGGUAAGCCCUUUCACAUUUUUGUGACCCACCUCAAUGAUGGGAAACCGUUAACUGUUUUCAUCAUCACUUGUUUGGGCCUAGAUAAAAAGCAUACUUAACAGUUGCAUAGCUUGAUGAUACCUCAAGAAAUCGCACAUGGAAAUAGGGUAAUGUGAAGCCAUAAUCAAAACUGUGUACCUCUUGCAAGGCUAGAAUACCGUAAAGCUUUUCUUCAUAUAGGACCCUUUUUUACUCAUAUUUGUAUAGAAACGUAUAAAAUGCCCUCACAGUGAUUCAAGAUGAUUUCAUGUUCCAUGGCCUAUGCAUUAACUUUCCCCCUAAUAUGAGAUAUCCCUCAAGACAACAACCAACCCCGCCUGAAAAAAACCACAUCCUCAACAGUAGGCUAUCAUAAUUUUCUGUACUGUAGUCAUGCAAAUAUACUGGAUAAUAUGGUGGAUAAGUUGGAGAAAUAUGCAAAUCACUUGGAGGAGGUGGUCGAGGAAAGGACCAAUCAGCUCACAGCAGAGAAGGCCCGUGCAGACAAGCUUCUGUCCAGCAUGUUACCAAGGUACCAGAUGUUACUGCAACAAAAUGGUUAUUGCAUGAACUCAAUUAGCAGUCUAUGGUAACCCAUUCAAAGUAGACCAUGACGCCACCGGAUGAAUGGGCUUCCAUGACCACACCCCUCCCUUAUAUUCAGGUGUGCUGCUUUUAUUGUCGUAGGUACAUUGCAGAUCAGCUGAUGUCAGGGAAAUCAGUGGAGCCGCAAAGCUACGACAUGGUGACCAUCUUUUUCUCUGACAUUGUGGGCUUCACCUCCAUGUGCUCUGUCAGCUCUGCAAUGGAGGUGGUUAACUUCCUCAAUGACCUCUACAGUCUAUUUGACGAUAUCAUCAAGAUCUACGAUGUCUACAAAGUGAGUCACGCACAACACUGGAAAAUCCACUUGAUUGUCAAAUUUCCAGGAGUUAGGUGAAAAGAUUGAUACGACCCUUAGGUUUCUAACGCAAAUGUUAAGCCAUGGCAGGCAGUGGACAACCAUAGUUUGGCACAAAAACCUUAAAAUGGGGUUACAGCUAGCUAUUCUCUGUUCAAAGGCAACGAAAUUGGGAUCAAACUCCAACAUGAUACAUGAUACGGCAUGACACGAUAUGACACCAUACGGUACAACACGAUACAAUACAAGAGGACAUGAUAGGAUAGGAUAGGUUUGUCAAAGCUUUGUCAUUUUUGUACUUCUCUAAAAGGUGGAAACGAUUGGCGAUGCAUACAUGGUAGCUAGUGGUUUACCCAUCAGCAACGGCUAUCAACACGCUUUGGAGAUAUCCACGAUGGCUCUACAUUUCCUGAGUGCCAUCAAGGUCUUCAGGAUCCGCCACAUGCCCUCAGAGAGUCUCGCCAUUCGUAUUGGGAUCCACUCAGGUAUGACACGGUACUUGGUUCGUGACAGUACUGUUUUGUUGUACUGCUUUUUGUUUGGGGGGUACUUGGAAUUAUUUCAGACCAUCUUCAAACUUCUUCUGGAAUAUUUGUUUACAAGUUGUACAAAAUUUGGAAUAACAUUGUAAAAUAAAAGUAUGUUUAAGUAAAUGCCGAACUGGAAGCUUUUUUAAAUAGUCACACUUAGAAUUAGUGGCAUUUUGAAUAUUUAACAGAAUGGAGAGAUUGAAUUAAUGAACACUUUCUUCUACCUUGUAGGUCCAGUGGUUGCUGGAGUGGUGGGCACCACUAUGCCUCGCUACUGUCUCUUCGGUGACACAGUGAAUACAGCCUCUCGAAUGGAAAGUAACAGCCUACGUGAGUGCACUGGAACUAAAUAUUUUCAGAGAUUUAUCUAUAAAUUCUAUGAAUCAAUACCUUACAGUUUAACCUGUACUUGACAGUAUAAGCAGAGAAAAAAAAGCUUACAUUUUCAUCCAUUUGAUAUAUGAUCAUAAGGCCGACCUGCAAAAAACAGACACCGACCUCAGCCAUAGCUUUCCAUUUUGCAACCCAAAGUCUCGAAGAGAUGAGAAGAAAUAAGGUUUUAUGAUGGCUUUCAAAACAUUUAUAGUUCACUAUAUUCAAUUGAAAAUAGUACAAAGACAGAAUAGGAACUAUGUGAAAAACAGACAUGACUCUGUUGUGGAAAUCAGUGCAGGAUGUCACACAACGCACAGAUGUUGUAAAUACAGAUUCCCAAAGUUGGUAGCUUGACUCUUACAAUGUUGGCUGAUUUUAACUUGAAGUACUGUAUAUUAGUUGAUAUUUUAGUGAGUUACUGCUAUGAAAUACCUAGUACUUUCCUCUGUGUGUUUUCCACAGCUCUUAAGAUUCACAUAUCCCAGAGCACGGCUGACAUUCUGGUGCAGGAAGGAUCAUUUGAGCUGGAGGAAAGAGGGGAAAUUGAAAUGAAGGUGACCUGACUCUGCAAGCAGUUUAAAAAUCAUAUGUUUUCAGCCUGUUUUUUGACCUUUUUUGUUUAUGUCCCUCACAGGGUAAAGGCAGUCAUAAGACCUACUGGCUGUGUAAAAAACAUGGAUUUAAUCCUCCUCUCGCCACUCACAGAUCUCCACCUAAUGACAGUCUUAAACCGCAGACAGAGGUGCAGUGAACACAUCUAAUGUUGAAAAGAAACAGCCAGCAAAGACAGAUUAAUUCACUUUAAUAAAUUUGCAUGUAAGAUAGUCAGGGUAAAACUGUUUUUCUGACAUGUGUUUGUGAUGUCUGUGCUUAAGAAACUCGGAGUGGCCAGACCUGCCGACAAAAAGGCCCAGAAAACCAUGACCAAAGCACACAUGACAGAUGGCAUGAUGACUACUGUGCACAUUUGA